AUGGACCCGACAGACACAGCCCCGGAUUCGUGGGAGCUAGAGGAGGAUGCCGAGGCCCCGGCUGCCGCGGCGGGGCUCCCAACCGCUUUCGCCGCCCUUAACGUGAACGCCAAGCCGUUUGUCCCCAACGUCAAUGCCCCGGUGUUUGUACCGAGCUUCCUCCAAGCCGGCGCCGUGGAAAUGCCGGCUUCAGACGGUGGGUCAAUGCCAGACAGCUGGCUGGGAGUUAGCUUCACUUGCUAGCACGCCUGCUAAUCCAGCUAAGUUAGCCUUCCUGGCUUCAGCUCGCUGAGUCCAGAUAGAGCCACAGUUAUCUCAUUUCCACUAACUCAUCAACAAGUCGGCCUGAGUGUCAGUCUGUGUGUCAUUUUAGUGUAUCAGUCGACUGCUAACACAUUAAAUGCCAUUGUAACGCCAAACGUGACCUUCCUUGUCUGAUAAAUAUUUAUGAAAGUUUGACAUGCGUUGUUUUCUCUCCUCUAAGGUGCCCCUGAUGCAGUAGCCAGCAUGGAGGUGGCAGAAACAGCCGGUAUGCAUCCACUCUGUAGUCCACGCACCGCAUGUAAACGCUAUAUACUGACUGAUCUGGUUGUCAGGCAAAUUUAACACCGCACAGGUGUGGUUAUAGUAGAUGCACACAGUACUCUUGUUACAAAUCUUUGAAAGCAUUUCUGCUUUCUCGUGAGCCCCGGAGGUUCACUUACUGAGCCAUAUUUGGAUUGCUGGCAUCGGUAAACCCAUGUGCACAGGCCUACGUAAAAUAUGAUGCAACUACACUUGUCCAUGCCUGAAAUAGACAUCACUGUGGCACACUGACGAGUGUCAGGGCCUCAGCUUGCUUUGUGUCAGAGCUAUUUGAAGUAUUCACUCAGUUUUUAUUGACUGGUGGUGUGCAGAUUACCUCUUAGUGUAGGCCGAUUGGGCUGUCCAUAGCCUAUAUUCAAGGUGAAUAUAACUGGUAAUGUUUACUUUCUAAGGUAUUUUGUGGUCUUUAUUUCCUGAUGACAAAAAUAGUUGUUAUAGUGCAGUUACUUACGUCAAAGUGAUUGGCAUAUGUCACAAUUUGGCACUAUUUUGGCAUCUUUACAAUGUUUAUGUACAGCUCCCAUGUAUGGCAUCAAAUAUCCCUGUUUUAUUAAGUAAGAGUAGACAAACAAACAUUCAAUUUACUAGGGCUGGGAUGAUAUGCUUUUCUCCUGAUUCGAUUCUUCUAUGAUUUUUUGGAUGCAAAUUCUGAUUUAAGUUGUGAUUCUAUGAUACUGUCAAUUUUCUCGAUAUUUAGUCUGCAUUUUUAACACCAGUGAAACAGUUGAAUGAUAAUGAUCAUCUACUGACUAUUUCAGGAACCAUAAUUCACCCCAAAAUAUACAUCACAUGAAAGUCAGUUUUUAAGAUUUAUCCUUAAAUUAGAAAAAAAUGAAAAAUUAAUUAAAAAUUUGUAAAACAAAAAAUUGCGAUACUUACGUGAAUCAAAUUUUUCUCCCACCCCUACAAUUUACUCAUCACAAGAAGUAUCAGUAGCCAUAGGGCAGUGUGUAGUUUUGUUAAUCUACUUAUUAGAAAAAUGAUACAAUGCAAAGUGUGGAUUUAAGUAAAAAUAGGUAUAGAUAAAAUGUUAAAACAUGUAGGAUGUUUUUCUGUCUUUAAAACUGGCUGAACAAUGCGCAGCUGAGUGAACAACAAAGUUGAACCGUAUAAUCAGAUGCAGUGUAUGUAAAAGAUAGGCAGUGCCCGUGGGGGGGUCAACCGUUCCUCUAACCGCAGAGUUGCCUAUAAUACUCGUCUCUUCAAAAAGUUAUGAAAAAAUAUUUACAGCAUAAAGUUGCUGUUGAUAAAAUUCAGACACAGUUGGCUUUGUGGGUUGCCAGCAGCAAUAUCUACGAACAAGUUUUAAGCAAACACUUGAGAAGAAUCAAGUAAUUGUACGUGAUUACUGAGCUGCACAAUUCAGAGAUAGCUUAGUUUGGUGAUGGCAUGGGAGGGCACUUGUUCUGCAGGGUACACCAGGUUUCACUGUAAUCUUGUUAGAGGUUUUGUUUGACUUGUACUCGCUGUCUUUGCAGAACGCUGCAUUGAUUGUGUUUCUAACAAGGGAGGAGGACUAAUUAAUUAUAAUUAAAGAUGAAGCGCAGACCACAGACAGAUUAUCCGAGGGGGCGAAUGAAUUUCAAGAACAGGAGCUUUUGAAAAAGGACUUGCAAAAGCACAUUUGAAAUGUAAAUUUAGAGGUGCAAUGUGCGGUAUAUAAAAAACUUUAUGAAGUAUUUUCUUGUUAGUGUGAAAUAAGUUGAGCGCAGUUCUUUUCUUUUCAUGUAUAAUGAGCCUCUUAAAUCCACAGGAGUGAACUCUUUUCCAAGGGGGCCGCCAUCUUGCACGACAAUGUCAAACUAUGAACGUAUUUUUGUUUGUAUUAAGCAAGAGAAAUGCACUGGUUGAGAGAUUAUAGAAGAAAAGAAUGGUUGUUGUUCACAAAUUAAGUACUGUAAGGACAGUCACUUGUGUAAAAAAAUUCCCAAAAUUACCAGACUGUGAAUUACAAGACUUGGAAUGAGAAUACUUUCUUGUAUAGUAGAUGUAAAAUUACACAACAGGAGAGGGUUUCAAUAACUUUAACUAAAUGUUCUCUACAGACAAUAUUCAAUUUUAAAACAAUAUCAAUUCUGUUGGCAAUCAGAACAGUUUGAUGAUCUUUUGAGUAAUAUUAUUUACUAGAAAUACAAGUCUAUGUUGUACGUUCAGCCCUAUCUUUGUCUUUUAAUUUGCAAUCUGUGGCGUAACGCCCAGAAUACUUCCACAAGCUGUUGAGGAGUUGUGACUGUCUCCUCAGGACAGCUUUGAACCAAAGUUAAGAGUUUAUUUAGAAUAUGAACACUUCGUUACAGUUUUGUCAUGAACUCCCCCCAAUCAAGUGACAGCCCUAAUAGGGGUGUCCUGAUACGAUAUUGAUAUCGGAUAUCGGUCUGAUAUUAGCAAAAAAACGAAUAUCGGAUUAUAUCGGCCUGCAUCUAAAAUCUCUGAUAUCAGCACUCGGAUACAAGCAGUCCAUUCCUGACUCCUCUCCGGCACCUUUAUCUAGCAGCGCCCUAAUCCAGCAUGCAGAGCUCCCACAAUCACAACAACACUGUGUCCUAAGAUACUAACAAAGUAGCAAGAAGUAAGACUGAUGUCGGCCUUGUGGCAGUAUUUUUUGUUUAUGUCCGAAAAAGAUGUUGCAGCUGAAUGAAUAACUUGUCAUGCACAAUUUUGUGCCAAUAUCAGAUCAACAUCAGUAUCUGUCAAUAGUGAAGGCUACAAUAUUGGUAUCUUAUCGGAAGUCAAAAAGUUGAAUCGGGACACCCCUAAGCCCUAAUAUGAAAUAUGUUUGUUUGUUUUUCAGAUGUUUUUGAGGGUAAACACUUGACAAAUCAUACUUUUUACCCGCCACAGAAAGAUUAACAGGGGUAGGGUUCAGCUAAAUAUUACUGUUCCUACACACUGUACCUGUAAGACACAGCUCUAAUGGUAGUUUGCAUACCUGGAAAUCAAGUACCCCAGUCGUAUUUGUUGCAGUGGUUUAGAUUUCUACCACUGCCAGUCUAUGAGAUACCCACAGUCGUUUUGACACCAGUGACACAAAUGCUUCAGGUAUCACCUGAAAUGUUGAUAGUAACAACACUACAGGGCUAGUGUAGAAUUUAGCCUCAGCCUGUGCUAUGAAAGGGGUUCGAAGUUCACACAGUAGAACAGGAGAGUAGAGUUUUUAGCAGUCAUACAGUGUUUGUGUAGGCUUACAGCUGAAAGCAAAGGUGUUCAUUGUUUGACACAGUUGAACAGUAUUGGUACCAGGUAUUUGCAUAGUAUGUAAAAGGUCAGUUGUUGGAAUUGGGGGAGGUAGAAAUGGUAUCACUGAAAAUGUUCAUAAUCUCACUUAAAGAAAGAUUAAGAUUUGUAAAUGGUGAUGACAAUUAUUAGAUUAGUAAAGGGAGAGUCAGAGCUGGUUUACAGGAGAUAACAUACAAUUAUCUUAUUAAGUCUGUGUGUGUGCGUGUGUUUGUGUUAUUGCAGCUCCUGUAGAGAACGGAGGCACAGAGGCUGACAUGACCACAGAGGAGGAGACGUGGGAGCAGAAGGAGGAGCCAGGGGGAGGCGGCGGAGGCGGAGGAGAGGGUGUUCUGGAGUCAGGUGGUGCUUGCCAGGAGGGAGCUGCUGAGGAGAUGAUGGAGGAGGAAGAGGAGGAGAUGCCUAUGCCCAAAGUUGCUCCUGCACCACCAGAUGCCCCCAAGAAAGAACACGUGAACGUGGUCUUCAUCGGUCACGUUGGUGCGUUUCCAUGUAGUUUGUGUGUGUACAUGAUUGUUCAAAGAAAGGUUUGAGUGUGUGUUAUUCACCUUUUGAAUGUUUGUGUGUUUUUGUAGAUGCUGGAAAAUCAACUAUUGGAGGACAGAUCAUGUGAGUCAUCACCUUCUUAUCUUCUGUGUUUGCUGGGCACUAAAAUCAACAUUACUUUAAUUUCCUUAAUGUGCCGUUUGAGUAGAUUUUAAUUUAGCUUGUUUUCAAACUCGUACAAUAAUAAUAAUAAUAAAAAAAGCAUGUUGUUUGUGCUGUUUAACAACCCCAGUGUCCAGAAGAACAAUGCCUCUAUGGCUGCCAGCUACAGUGCAACAGAUUUCCUCUUGCACAACAGAGCUACAGUUUCAACUUUUUUACUUCCUAGUACCACAAAUGAAAUAAGUAUUAUGGCCCUCGCUUGACCUUUCUUUGUUUUCACCUUUCUAGGUACCUAACUGGAAUGGUGGACAAGAGAACUUUGGAGAAAUAUGAAAGAGAAGCCAAGGAAAAGAAUCGGGAGACAUGGUGAAAAUCUCAAUAAAUUUGCAAAUGUUUUGGUUUCAUGUUUGUUUUCGAUCCGUGCGCUGUGGCAUUAAGAGCUUUCAGCAGGCUUUUGUUAAACAAAUUUAUAAGUAAACAUGUUUUUCUUUUUAUUUUCCCCCCAGGUACCUGUCGUGGGCUCUGGACACAAACCAGGAGGAGAGAGACAAGGGGAAGACAGUGGAGGUUGGCAGAGCUUACUUUGAGACCGAGAAAAAACACUUCACUAUCCUGGAUGCCCCCGGACACAAGAGCUUUGUCCCGAACAUGAUUGGUGGGGCGUCACAAGCCGACCUGGCAGUGCUGGUGAGUUGGAGCAGGAAAUACAAUCCCUGUAAUGUUAGCUUGGCCCGAACCUUGAACACAGAGAUUUUUCAGUAGAGCGACAUGCUUUAUAUACACAUGCUCACUGAUAAGUAAAUAAUUUCCUCCUGGCAAGACCUUCAAGUGCACAGAGUAGUAGAAAAACAUCAGUGGGAACUGAUUAAACUCCUAGAGAAAUGGUUUGAAGUAAAAGUUUCUGAUUAAAGGAGGUUACUCGACUUUCUCCAUCGUUGUUUUUUAACAGGUGAUUUCAGCGAGAAAGGGCGAGUUUGAGACUGGCUUUGAGAAGGGUGGACAGACAAGGGAGCAUGCCAUGCUGGCCAAAACAGCUGGAGUCAAGCAUCUCAUUGUCCUAAUCAACAAGAUGGAUGAUCCCACUGUCAACUGGAGCCUUGAGAGGUCAGCAUGCACUAAAAACAGAUAUGACGCAUAUAUGUUGAUGUUUAAUGCUGCGCUUGUCACAAAAUGAUUACAAAGAGAGUAGAUAGUCAGAAAAUUGUCGGCAUUGGUCGUGACCUUCUCUUUUCACUGGUGUCCUGUUGUUGUCCUAUGCCCUCCAUCUUUCCUUCAUAAGACCUAAUCCUGUCUUUGAAUGACUUCCCUGCAGGUAUGAAGAGUGUAAGGAGAAGCUGGUCCCCUUCCUGAAGAAGGUGGGCUUCAACCCGAAGAAGGACAUCCACUUUAUGCCUUGCUCCGGACUCACAGGUGCCAACCUUAAGGACCCUGUACCUGAAUGCCCCUGGUACACGUAAGUUGGCCUUGAGGGAUUGGUUCCCACUGUACUUCUGUCUGAUUUAUUCCGAGCCAAGUCUUCUCCUAGAUUUUCUUAGAUACUUUGGGAUAGGGCUGGGCGAUAAGGAAAAAAGUUUAUCACAAUAUAUUUUUUCAUAUCAGUCAAUAUCAUUAUGUAUCAUAUUAAAAAAUCACUUGUCAAUCUCAAAUGUUCCCUGUUACUCUUAAAUGAAAUUUAACAUGAACUGGACAUCAUUUGCGGUGCACAUUACUCUGUUGUAUGUCCAACCUCAAAAAACAAAAUACCUCCACACCACUGACGUUUUCGUGCCACUGUUUUGUCGACAAUGUCAUCAUCUGAUGAGCCUUUAUCUGCAUUUCUGCUGGGGGUAGCACUCAUUUAAAAUGCUAUAGUUGCGUGUAGCUGCAGCCUGCUACUAUGCUGUAGUUUCCUACUUUGUUCUAAUUCAGCACAAGACUAGUUCAGUGCGGCGCGACCCUGAGCAAUUCCCCUUUUCAUUUGCUAUUCAUAUAGUCUACCAAAACAUGGCAGAAUGCCGGCUAUCGAAAAGCAUAUUGACCAUGUUUUACAUUGAUGUUGAGGAAAACUAAUUUUUGAUAUAUAUCAUUAUUGUUUUAUUGCCCAGCCCUACUUUGCGGUAACCUCCACCAGAUCUGUUUUCAGUCCUUCUGUGCAUCAUCAUGGCAGUGCUUUCACUCCAGUCAAUGUGAGUGCUUCCGCUGCGUUGCAUUUCUGCUCCAGCAAUCCCAAGCCCUCCACAGCAGACAGGCAGGGCUUCUUUUUUUGCUGGUUGCCGGAGCGCGGUGCAUAAGUCAGCUCAGGGAGUGAAACAGGAAACCAGACACCAUAACAACUUUAAAACAUCUGCUUUAUUUUCAGUACAUAACCCUCUAUGUUGACACCAGAUUCUGUCACAUUAACUCUACUGACAAAAUGUCAAUAUUGAACAGAUUCAAGUCUUAAUGGUGUCUCAUUCCCAACUCUGUCUUUUCAUUUCAAUCAAUCAAUCAGGCUUUAUUUGUAUAGCACUUUUCAUACACAACCAUGUCGCACAAAGUGAUUUACACAGUAGAGGAAUAGAAGAAACAAAGAAUACCUUAAUGUACCCCAACCAAACCCCUAAUUCCCACCCGCCGAUCUAAGCACAACAGAAACAUGCAUUCAUAGAUUGAUUUCAUAGAAACAGAAACAUGCGCACCAAGGAAAAACCAUUUUAAAAUUCAAGAUAAGGAAACACUGGAGUUUAGGUUAAAAUCUAAAAACACAGUAGCAUAGAAUGAAAUUUAAGACAUACUAAAGAAAAUAAAAUAAAAACUAAAGUAAAAGAUACUAAAAUAAGACCAUCAAAAUAGCUCAAUAAAAGACAAUCCUGUUAUUAAAACCAGAAAGAGAUAAACGCUAAAACACCUAAACGAAGUUAAGUUAAUGAUAUAAAAUUUAGUUAAAAACAAGACUAAAAAGUUAUGUUUUGAGUUUGCUUUUAAAAUUGUUUAGAUUACUACUUUAAAUUGACCACUUUGAAGAGUGCAGCAAACCAGUUUUAAAAGUUUAGAGAAGAACGUACCCCAGCUAGAAGUCUGUCUUGUGAGUGAUCAUUUCUGCUUGUUUACUGCAGUAAAAUUCUAAGCAAGCAUCCAAAGAAUCAUAACCGUCUAUAUUUUGGCUGUCGGACGCAUUCUUGAGCAGUGGCUGAUUUUUUUUUUUAACCCGUUAAUCAACUAAAUAAAAAAACCUGUCAAAUUUGGUUCAGCUUUUAAUUCGACAAGAACUAGCAGUGAAUAGAUUGUACUUACACUGUUCUUCUCUCGUCUUCUGACUGCUCCAACAUCACCUGUCACAUUCAGCCAUUUACACACACAUAAUCAUACACUAAGAAUGCUGUGUAAACACCAUGUAAAUACGACAUGUAUAUGGCUGUCUGUAUCAAUUAACCCCGUCAUCAAGCAUUCACACACGCUGAAUUGCAGCUAGCAGGAGUAAUUUUGGGCUCAGUUUCUUGCCCAAGAACACUUCGGCAUGCGACUGUUACUGUGACUGUGGGAGCUGAAAUUAAACCACUAGCCUUCCCAGUGAGAGACAGCCGACUCCCACAGAGCCACAGCCGCCCUGUAAAUUACUAUCACUAUUUUAUGGUAAUGUUGUGACACUAUCAUCCCUAAUUUCUUUUACAAUUUGGCCGGUGUUUCUUUGAAGAGAUCAGAGAGGUCUGUGAAUAUUCUGUUGGCAUCACGACACAAUACUGAUUCAUCAGAGUUCCCCUCCAGGUCUCUGUCUUUUUCUACCUCCUUUGGCGUCUCGAACAUGUUAGCACUCUGCAAGGUGUUUUUAUUUUAUUUAUUUAUUUUUUGGUAUUGGAGUUUGAUAAAUCCUCCCAACAACACCACAUUUUUCAUUACUUUACAUACAUCUAGAGCAGUGGUUCUUAAGUCCAGUCCAUGAGGCCCACUGUCCUGCAUGUUUUGGAUGUUUCCCUGCUCCAACACACCUGAUUCAAAUGAUCAGCUCGUUAUCAAGCUCCAACACACCUGAUUCAAAUGAUAAGCUCGUUAUCAAGCUCCAACACACCUGAUUCAAAUGAUCAGCUCGUUAUUAAGCCAUCACAGAGCUUGAUAACGAGCUGAUCAUUUGAAUCAGGUGUAUUGGAGCAGGGAAACAUCCAAAACAUGCAGGACUGUGGGCCUCGAGGACUGGACUUGAGAACCACUGAGCUAGAGAAAAUAAUGUAAUGAUGACUCCAGGAAAAGAAGUUUGGGAACAUGAAAUUGUAACUUUUCCCAGUAGACAUGUUACUGGCAUGAUUGUCUGUUUAAUACUUAAAUCUGGCUUCAGUAUUUUCUCCUGUUAAGCUGUGGAUUUAUUCAAGGCUGCAAAGAGCCACAGACUCUUAGAAAUCACCCAUAGUGGGUUAUAGAUGAACACAGAACCCAGUGUGAAAAUGUGUAUUGUAUAGAUUUCGAUGACUAUGCAGGUGUGAUGAAAGGUAUUCUCUUUGGUUCUUUUUCAGGGGUCUGCCAUUUAUUCCACAUCUGGACAGUUUGCCAAACUUCACCAGAUCCAGUGACGGACCAGUCAGACUACCUAUCGUAGACAAGUACAAGGUAAGCAUCUGAAGGCCUUUGAGUCAUCCUCCCUUCUACAGCGAGAAAACACAUCGUGGCAGAACGUCGACUCCGCUCCUCAGUCCCUCAGCAGAUGAGUGGGCGAAAUAUGUCUUCUGGUUUUUGUGUCCCCAACGCCAAAAAAUGUUUUCCUCCUGCUCCAGUUUGUCAUUCUCUUUGGUGAUUUUCCAAAAGCACAGCAGCAUGCCUGCACACACACGCGCACACACACGCGCACACACACUGCAGCCUCUGCAUAAUCACUCCCCUUAAAGAUAAUUCUGCUUCUUGGCUCUCGCUUCAGUUUAGCUGUUGGAGGCAGUUCAACUCAUACUGUAAGUGAUGGUGGAAUCAACUUAUUUUGGCACUCCUGGCUUUCCAUACAAGAAUCCUCAGCUCUUUCCCUUCUUCACAUGUUGCCCUUCUCCUCAUCCUCUUGUCUUUAAGUUGUUUAAAUACUCCUCUCCCAGCGAUUGCAUAAGAGCCUUAUGUAGUGGUUCUGUGAUUAAGUAGUCCCAACUGGUGUUCUCCAGAUGUAAGGGGAUUAUGGGUCAUUGAACCGGGAGCUGCAUACAAAUGGCCCCGCUGAAACUUCGUCCAGUUAUAAUCUACAGCACUAAAACCAUUGCUGUGCUUAUUUUAUGAUGUGCUUUGCCCUCAAUGUCAUUAUGCUUCAAAAUUUUAUGUUUUUAUUUCCAGCUGAGAAAAUAAAAAAGUAGUAUUAAAUAAAAAUAAAGGUGAAACACUUGGUUGAAUGGCCUUAAAAAAACACUUUCACUCCAAUGAUGCAGCCGCUGCCUCUUGAAACACAGUUUGACAUUGAUUUAAUUUUAACUGAAGACACUGUAGGUGGAAUAUGUGCACUCAGUAUCCUUUCCCCCCAUUCUGAGUCUUGUGCUUGUACAGGAAAUCAAGUAAUACCACCAGCUUGGGGUUUUCUAAAGGGGCGGAGUUACGUUUGUCACUAAAUGAGAUUUAGGAAUUCUGAUAUGCAGAAUUUCAGAAAACUUUGAAACACCCAGCUGAUUAUUCUUUAUCCUGGUGCGAAGGGAAACUUUGGUGCUGUUAGUCGUGGCUUCAUAUAUGCUUUCACUAAGGAGGCAUCAAUUUUCUCUUCUAACAUGACAGUAGAGUGAGGACAAGUAUUUGCAAAAAUGAUGAACAGUUUCUCAAAACUAUGACCUCGAGGCACUGAUCAUGCCCGACACACAAAGAUAACUUUUGUACUUGCAGCAGUUGUUGUUUGAGUCUUGGCCUCAACCCUUUGCUGCACACUCCGUACAUUACCUGUCUCUCUUCAACUGUUUUAUCUAUUUAGGCAAAAUAUAACUGGAGGGAAAAAAAUGCUAGUUUGAAAACGUGCCAUGCAAUGCUUUUUUUAUGUUGGAUGAAGAACUGUCUGAUGUUGUGUGUAGUGACAUUUAAAACCUGCUUCAUGGGCACAAGCUGCUUUUAUAUUAAACCUUUUAAUCAAAAAAAAAAAAGGAAAAAAAAGCUUUGUUAGGUAAAUAGAGGUUAGAUGGAUUUGAGAGCAACACAUUGGAUCGUUUUUCCCACUUUAGCUGCAGUAACUUAAGGUUAUUUUUUGGUCAAACUUUUAAAUAGUUACUGUAUGAAGUUGAUGACUGAUGUGCUUCAAGCGUAACUAAUGGUGUGUUUGUGCUUUUCCAGGACAUGGGGACAGUUAUCCUCGGUAAGCUGGAGUCAGGAUCCAUCAGCAAAGCCCAGCAGCUGGUCAUGAUGCCAAACAGGGUGAGAUCUCCUCCCAGCGACUCUUGUCUGUUCACAGGGGACCUCUAAGCUCUCGUUGAGUAAUAAAAUCAAAGCUUCAGUCAGUCUUGCAUGAAAUAUAUGAUUUUGUGUUUAUGUGUUGCAGCACACAGUGGAGGUAUUGAGCCUGCUGAGUGAUGAUGUGGAGACGGACGAUGCAAGUCCUGGGGAGAAUCUGAAGCUGAGGCUGAAGGGUAUUGAGGAGGAAGAAAUCCUCCCCGGUUUUAUCCUCUGCAGCCCUGACAACCUCUGCCACUCUGGUCGCACCUUUGACGCACAGGUGAUGAUAAGAAAACACAAAAAAAUAGUCAGAAUUUGUGACUUUACUUCUAAGUCUGAGUUAGGGGUACCGAGAAUCUGAAUAAAAGUUGUAUGGCCUUUGUUUGCAUGGUGUCUGCAGACGUGAAAAGGCUGAACAGUUUAAAGUGAAACUUGCAGAUUGAACUUUUACAACAUUGAUUCAUAAUUUAAUCUGAAAAUAGCUGCUCUGCUCACCGCAAAAAAAAAAGAACAGAACAGAUGCUGUGAUCAUGUGCGUGAGCUGCAGAGUGGAGAGAGAAUAAUUAUGGAUUGUAAGUCAAGUAAAACUUCUUCUACAUUUCUGCCCUUUUAACAGUCAAAAAUAAGAACUAAACAGCAGACUGGAAUCUCAAAUUAGUGCCAUAAAUGGACACCAUAGUCUGCUCAUGGAAAACAGUGAAGAUGGAGCUGUAUCAUGUGGAGAUGUAUUUCAUAUAUUCAAUCAUACAGUGAACUGGGGGACUAGUUGGGCCCUUUUAUUAAGACAGAUACAAAGCAGUUAAACUAAUAUCCAUGUUAUAUCUAGGAUCAUAUGAAUCUUAAUUAUUUUAACAUAAUCUAACAACCCUUGAUGUGAACGUAUGGUUCACAUCAAGGAAAUGUAUGGAAAUGUAUGUAUGGAAAGUUUACUGCUCAUUAUCGGUCUUUGCUGGGUCUCAUCACUCCUCAGCUUCACCUCACCUGCAGUCGUUAUUUUUCCUACUCCUUUACUCUUACCGCUUUCUAUGAUUUCUUACAGGCUUGUACUUAAAAACUUAAAGUCUGUCUUAUACAGCUGAAUGAGCAUUUUUUCCCCUUCAUUAAAAAAUAAUUGGCAGUUUGGUCCAUAUUUAUGUGGAACUCUGUUUUUGGAGUAAAAUAAAACUUGUAAACUGACUCCAGAAGUUAAUGUAGUGAAGUGUAUGGGAAUUAAUAGCUUUAGUUAGUGUUUGAAUACUAUUUCCCAUCCCUGACAAUAUCAUUUUUAUUUUUCAAUAUUUUUUAUUUGUUGUCAUUAUUAUGUCACAUGAACUAACUUGCUAACUUGCAUGCUGUUUGUAUCUGCUCCUUUUUCUCAGAUCGUCAUCAUUGAGCACAAAUCAAUCAUUUGUCCUGGUUACAAUGCAGUCCUUCAUAUCCACACCUGCAUCGAAGAAGUGCAGAUCACGGUGAGUACUAGCCCUGACAGUUGUUUUGGACCGUUUUUAUGUUCUCGAUGGAAUGUGGAUCAACCCUCUUUAUCCUGUUUGCAGGCCUUAAUUUGUCUGGUGGACAAGAAGACAGGGGACAAAAGCAAAACACGGCCACGCUUUGUUAAGCAGGAUCAGGUGUGCAUCGCCAGGCUCCGGGCAGCAGGAGUCAUCUGCUUAGAGACCUUCAAGGACUUCCCACAGAUGGGACGAUUCACGCUGCGAGACGAAGGUAAGACCGCUGUUGAAAUGUUGCUGGCAGGUAUGUUGUUCACAGAAGCAGCUACAGCAAAGAUAGAAAAAAUAAAAAUGUUCAUUUAUCGGCUUUGGCACGUCUCACUUAUUUUACCUGUUAUAAAAACAAAACAGUUUUCUUCACGACUCUCAUUUCAACUCUCUUCCAACAGGCAAAACCAUUGCCAUUGGCAAAGUGCUGAAGCUGGUGCCAGAAAAGGACUAA